AUGGGGCAGUGUUUCAGUACCGAGAACACCGAUGAUGCGGAGCAGAAGAAGAGAAGUCAGAUGAUUGAUAGGAAGCUCGAUGAGGAUUCUAGGCGGUUACGAAGGGAAUGCAAGAUUCUCCUACUAGGGUCCGGUGAAAGUGGGAAGUCCACGAUUGUGAAGCAGAUGAAAAUUAUUCACCAGAACGGUUACACUGUCGAGGAGCUGGCCCUUUAUCGCUUGACCGUCUACAAGAAUCUACUUGAUUGUGCUAAGGCGCUUAUCGAGGGGUAUAGGCUUUUCAACCUUGAGCCUUCCAGUCAAAAGGUCAAAGACUACCUCACUUUCUUGGAUGAAUAUCAUGUCGACCCGGACCCCAACACACCACUGGAUAACAAGGUCGGAGAUGCGGUGACAUAUCUAUGGAAUGAUCCAUGCACUUCAACAGUAUUGGAACGACAGAAUGAGUUUUACUUGAUGGACUCAGCUCCCUACUUUUUUGAUGAAGCAAAGCGCAUAACAUCCUCAGAUUACAUACCCAACGUCUCUGACGUCCUGAGAGCGAGAACAAAAACCACCGGUAUCUACGAAACUCGAUUCCUCAUGGACCAAUUAAGUAUACACAUGUUCGAUGUGGGCGGCCAACGAAGUGAGCGGAAAAAAUGGAUUCACUGCUUCGAGAACGUAACAUCAAUUAUCUUCUGUGUUGCUCUGAGUGAAUACGAUCAAAUGCUGCUGGAAGAGAGCAAUCAGAAUCGUAUGAUGGAGAGUUUGGUUCUAUUCGACUCAGUCGUCAACUCCCGAUGGUUCAUGCGAACGAGUAUCAUUCUUUUCUUGAACAAAGUUGAUCUCUUCCGGCAAAAACUCCCGCGAUCUCCGCUGAGUAAUUAUUUCCCUGACUAUUCAGGUGGUAAUGAUGUGAACCGCGCAGCCAAAUAUCUUCUUUGGCGAUUCAAUCAAGUGAACAGAGCACACCUCAAUCUCUACCCACACCUCACGCAAGCAACAGAUACUACAAAUAUUCGACUUGUCUUUGCGGCAGUCAAGGAAACAAUCCUCCAGAAUGCUUUAAGGGACUCCGGUAUCCUAUAA